AUGUGGAGACCAAUUGAUGGCCUGAACGAAUCUGGAAGAUCUUGCAGCUUGAACUCUAGGUUAACCUCGAGUAUUGCAGGUCUCACCUUUGACCAGGAACGGCGCCGGAACAACGAAUUGAAUCCGCUACCCGCUCUCACAAGGACGUCCACACGUACCACGGAUACGGCAAAGGCGUCGUCAGCGUCGAAGCCGACUCGAGCCACAUCCGCUCUGUUCACCCGAACCGCGUUCCUCCCCAAGCCAGCCAUACCAGAACGUCUGAGAACCGCAGUCCCUGCGCCCUCAGGAAACUGUUUCAAGUGUGGCAAGCCCGGCCAUUUCCAGGACAAAUGCCCCCUUAAUGCUACUAUCAAGGAAAUGGACCGUAACGACCCCGAGGCAGAAGAACAAUGGGAAGAAGCCAUGGAACUUCAAUCGGAUGCGUCCCUCGAGGAAAACGACGAGGCCUAG